AUGUAUAAAAUGGAUUACUCCUACCUGAACUCCUAUGACUCCUGCAUGGCGGCCAUGGAAGCGUCGGCCUACGCGGACUUCAGCUCCUGCAGCCAGGCCAGUUCCUUCCAAUACAACCCGAUCCGGAGCGGACCCUUCUCCAACCCGGGCUGCACCCCUCUCAGCACCGCCAGCUGCACUCUUGGAGCCCUGCGGGAGCACCAGCCUACGCCCUACUCCUCAGUCCCCUACAAGUUUUUCUCAGACCCCUCCGGCCUCAACGAGAAGAGGAAGCAGAGGCGCAUCAGGACCACCUUCACCAGCUCCCAGCUGAAGGAGCUGGAGAGGGUCUUUGCUGAGACGCACUAUCCGGACAUCUACACCCGUGAGGAGCUGGCGCUGAAGAUAGACCUGACCGAGGCGAGGGUUCAGGUGUGGUUUCAGAACAGGCGUGCUAAGUUUCGUAAGCAGGAGCGUGCAGCCAACUCAAAGGCCAACGGCUCCGGUGGCACCACGGGCAGCAGCUCCAGCAGCAGCUCAGGAGGGAAGAAGGGUGGAGAGCUGAGAUCUUCAUCCGAUGAUGACGAGUCCAAAGAAUCCACCUGCAGCCCCACACCUGAUAGCACGGCCUCCCUGCCGGGCUCAGCCAAUGGAAACAUGGGCAGCCCUGCCAGCCUGAGCCCCAGCCCGGCUCCUGCCAACACCGGCUACGUCAACACCUCCAGCUCUCCGGUCCUGCAGGGGCUGAAGCCGCCCAGCUGGUCCAACCUGGGGCCCUCCAACCCAGCCGUGGCCCAGCCCGCUGCCCAGACUCAGGAGAUCCUGAAGGCCUGGCAGCCGGCAGACAGUAUGACCGGGCCUUUUGCCGGAGUCCUGUCCUCCUUCCACAGAAAACCCAACCCCAACAUCAAGACGAACCUGUUCUGAAGCACAGAGGAAGAGGAAAUGAGAAACAAACAUUAUGCUGUCCACUGGAACAGUGAGGAGUUUCUAGCUUUUGUUGAGAGUCAGGACUUACCCAUCAUAACGCUGAAUUCACAGGUGUAGUCUGCUGUAGUUCAGAAAGGCCCCUUGGUUCUCCUCUAUAAACUAUCCCAUCAAACUUAAAGCUCACAUAGUUAAGUCAAAGGUCAGGUCACCAUCUCCCGCCCCAACAUAUUAUGCAACUGCUCCUGCAAAACCCAGGACAUGGUCCAUUUUAUUCCUUCAAUUAUACCCUUUAACCCUUUUAAUUUCAUCGAAAAAUCUGUUCAUACGUCCUCAGAUAACCCCAAAAAACCCUUUUUAAUGAUGCAACACUCUUUGUGUACAGGCUCUGAAGCAGUGCAUACAAACUUUAGUACACAGUCUUGUUUCCUCCGUCUUUUCAGUCUUUCCUGCUCACUCAUAACCUCACAUUCCCACACUCUCUGCAUUGCAACAGAG